AUGGCCCAGGUUGAACAAGCGGAGCUUGCAGUUCUGAAGCAGAACGCGGAGCCCGGAGUCGUCUUGCAGGUAUGUGCAAAAGUCUGCAAAGAUAUGCAACUACUGGCCCGGCUGAGUCAACUCUGCAAGCCUACACGGCAGGUCAUUUCAGACCCCAACUUCUUGCAAGAGCAAUGCGAGGAAAUGGCAUUGACAUAUCCUUGGGUGGACUACGCGAGACAGCGCAACCUCCUGGACAAGCCCUCCCUGGCCUCGAUCUUCAAAUGGGUCAGCUUCCAGCACUACUACGCGAACGAUGACGCGAGCGAGGACAGCGUCGCUGGUGACGAAUACGAGGAGGGUUUGGAGAGCGAGUCCGACUUCGACGCAGAGAGCGGCGAUGAGUCUGAGGAGCUCUCGGUGAUCGGGACGACGACCGGGGCCUCCACGCGCGUGCCGGAUGGCGGGUUCUUCCGCAAGGCGAUCCCAAAAUGCGUGGAUGAGGAGACGAGCCAGAACAAGUCCUGGACCAGUCCCGCCAAGCCGACACCUUCAAGC